AUGGUGCUGUACGAGCAGAAUGUAAACGUGGUGUCCCGCAAAAUGGCAAAAGCCACGUGUGCUCCCAAGCACAACGAAGAGAAGCCUGACUUGCUGUCUAGGUUGGAUGACCUAUUCAAUGCCUUCUGGACAAAACUGGCACUUAGGGAGCAGCAGGCUAAAACGCACAGACCUGAGGAGCACUCACCUAUGGUUGCCAGCACACUCCAUUCACAGAUGCGCACGCCCUCGAACAGAGAGGGCCCGAACAUGGCGCCAAAGACGGGCAUGCAAACCCAUAUGCCGAAACCAGCUCACAAUCAUGGAGAACUGCAGCUAACCCUGCUCCAAGAAGCCUGUCACAUCCAGAUCUGUCUAUCACAAAGAGCCUGCUUCACAGCUCACCCCGGGUUUCGGGACCACUCGGACAGACCCUACAAGCCUCAAAAAGCCUGCCUUUUCUCCACAAUAUAUCUGCAGGUCUCUCUGCAGGAUGGCUACUGA